UUGUAUUUACGAAACGCACGCAGGAUCGCAUGUGUCUGCAGCGAUGGCCAACGGGGAUUGCAGAAGCAAGCUGGAGAGCUGUCUAAAACUAAUAAACACCAACACAGCCCACCCAGAGUUAUUUCUCAGUGUACAGGAUGCUUUGGCAGCAGACUUCACAUCACUCACCAAGACACUUUAUGAUCUGCACAAGGCUCAUGAGCCUGCAGGCUGUAAAGGAAGCCCACUUGAGCAGCUGGUCGUGGAGAACUUUGAUGAGGAGCAAAUCUGGCAAGAGCUGGAGCUUCAGAAUAGUGCAUUACUGACGCAGUUUAAGGAUGCAGUUGGGCAGGCUGUCACAGAUGACUCUAUAAGUUUUCUUGAAGACACAGAGGAAGAGGAUGCCGCCGAUGAGGGGGAUAAUGAUGAUUUGGCUGAGGAGAGCGAGGAGGAAGAGGAAGAUGGUGAAGAGGAGGAAUUGGAACAAAGACCUAAACCAUCUGGUGACAAUGAGGAAGAGGACUUCUCUGGCGAAGACUCCGAUUUGGACUUUGAUGUAGAUAAAUUUGAGAAACAAACCAAACAGAGACAGUCAACUGCCAAAUUAUCAAAAUCUAAUGUGACUGUAUCAGAAGUGGAUGACAGAUUUUUUAAGCUUUCAGAAAUGGAGGCUUUUCUGGAUGACAUGGAUAAAAGAGAGGGAAAGGAGAGUGUAGGGGAGGAAAUAGACUACUUUCAGGAUUUACCAACAGAUGAUGAAGAGGAACUAAGCUUUGAUAAACCAGUGGCAUUGAAAAAACAGAAACAGAUGAAAAGCUCCAGAGAUAUGAAAUACAAAGAUUUCUAUUCUCCUGUGGAUGGAGAGCCUGAACAGACAGAUCCUGAUGCAGACACUGAACCGGAAUCUAAUGAUGAUUUUGAAAGAGCAGUAGAAGAUGAUGAUGAGCUAGAAGAGGAGGAGGAUGAUGAGGAUAUGAACGAGGAAGAUUUUGAUAUGGAUGAGGGUGUCAUGGGUGAUGCUGAAAGCCAGAAAGCCAGAAAUGCUUUACGGAAAGUGACCUUUGACCUCCCUGAUGAUAGUGAAGGGGAGGACGUGGAAGAUAUUCUGGGUGGAAAAGCUAAAAAUGUGCAUAAACCUGAGUCCAAGUCAGCAUUUGAAAAGCGACAGGAAAAGAUGGGACAGAAGAUUGAUGAACUGGAGAAAGCUGCAUUGUCAGAGAAGCCGUGGCAGCUGAGUGGAGAGGUGACUGCUCAGACUCGGCCAGAGAACAGCAUGCUGGAGGAAGAUGUGGCGUUUGACCAGGCCUCCAGGAUGGCACCUGCAAUCACAGAGGAAACUACAUUACAGCUUGAGGAGAUAAUUAAACAGAGAAUCAAAGAUCAGGUGUGGGAUGAUGUGGUAAGGAAAGAAAAGCCCAAAGAGGAGGUGUUUGAGUAUAAGAAGAGACUCACUCUGGACCACGAGAAGAGCAAACUGAGUCUGGCAGAGGUUUAUGAGCAGGAGUAUGUCAAACAGAUACAGGACAAGAAGGAAGAGGAAGAGAAUCCAGCACAUGUAGAAAUCCAGAAAAUCAUGGACACACUCUUCCUCAAGCUGGAUGCACUAUCAAACUUCCACUUUACACCGAAACCACAUAUUCCUGAGGUGAAAGUGGUCUCCAACUUGCCUUCGAUCACUAUGGAGGAAGUGGCUCCAGUCAAUGCCAGUGACGCCACACUGCUGGCUCCAGAGGAAAUAAAGGAGAAGAAUAAGGCUGGAGAUAUACUUGGAGACACAGAGAAAACGACAACAGAUAAGAAACGAGAGAGACGGAAGAAGAAGAAACUGAAGCAUCUGAAGAUUAAGGAGCGGGAGAAGAGACAGAAACUCAAAGAGGCGACGGCAGGAAAAAUCAAGAAAAAGAGCAAAGCUGAAGUUGAACAGACCCUCAAGAAACUUACAAAAGGAGGAAAAGCAAAAAUCCUCACGAAUGAUGGAAUGGAUAAGGCACUCCGUUCUUCUCAGGCCUUUUUCUCCCAACUUCAAGACCAAGUAAAAAGUCAAAUCAAGGGAUCAAAAAACCAGACAGCAAAGAAGAAGAAACAAAAAGAGAUUUCUGUGAACAAGCUAAAGUUGUAAUGUUAAAAUAAAUGUCAAAUGUUGUAUGUACAGUUGUUCUUUUUAUGGGAAAUUGAAUUAAUCGUAAAUCUUGUCAUUUUUGUUUAAAUACAGAUUUCUUUACCCUGUAUAUUGGUGUCUUGGAGUUUUUACACCAUUUUGGACUAAAAUGAAACAUACUCAUGUUUAGUUAGUCAUAGCACUAUU